ACUUCCUGGCCCUGCAGCCGCCGGCAGCGAGGCCACAGCCGGGGCCGGGGGCGGCGGCGCCCGCAGCCCGCCCGCCACCACCACCGCCAGCACCAUGCCCUUUGACUUCAGGAGGUUUGACAUCUACAGGAAGGUGCCAAAAGACCUUACACAGCCAACCUACACAGGGGCCAUUAUCUCUGUCUGCUGCUGUCUCUUCAUAUUGUUUCUCUUCCUGUCUGAGCUCACCGGAUUCAUAGCCACUGAAAUAGUUAAUGAGCUCUACGUGGAUGACCCAGACAAAGACAGUGGAGGGAAAAUAGAAGUGAACCUGAACAUCAGUUUGCCAAACCUGCACUGUGAAUUGGUUGGACUGGACAUCCAGGAUGAAAUGGGAAGGCACGAAGUGGGUCACAUUGACAACUCGAUGAAGAUCCCUCUCAAUAAUGGGGAUGGCUGCAGGUUUGAGGGCCAUUUCAGCAUCAACAAGGUCCCUGGUAACUUCCACGUGUCGACGCACAGCGCGACGGCGCAGCCCCAGAACCCCGACAUGACUCACGUCAUCCACAAGCUCUCAUUUGGGGACAAGCUACAGGUCCAUAACGUUCACGGAGCAUUCAAUGCCUUGGAGGGAGCAGACAAGCUCAGCUCAAACCCCCUUGCCUCUCACGACUACAUCCUGAAGAUCGUGCCCACGGUGUACGAGGACAUGAGCGGCAAGCAGCGGUACUCCUACCAGUACACCGUGGCAAACAAGGAAUACGUGGCCUACAGCCACACGGGCCGCAUCAUCCCGGCCAUCUGGUUCCGCUACGACCUGAGCCCCAUCACAGUGAAGUACACAGAGAGGAGACAGCCUUUGUACAGGUUUAUCACAUCGAUAUGUGCCAUCAUUGGAGGAACGUUUACUGUAGCUGGGAUCCUCGACUCCUGCAUUUUCACAGCAUCAGAGGCCUGGAAGAAGAUCCAGCUGGGCAAAAUGCAGUAACCAUGAAACUCUACCCUCGACUCCAAGGACAGGAGCAAAGAUUGAGAAAUCUACCACUACCUGUUUUUGUCUUUAUUUUCUAUUUGAUUGAAUCAGUAUGUUUUUCUCUAAUCAGGCUGGUCAGUGAAGACGUCUUCAACAAAUCAAAGAAAUCUCCAUGCAUUUCAGAGCUCUGAGAGGGAAAAAUCAGUGGAAUCAGGGUGUGGAUUUUGAUUCCCUCCCCCCAGAGAGAGAGGUUGAAAUGCCAUAUGAGAUCUAAGUGAGGAUGGCAGUCUGUCCUCUGGGAGGUUCCCAUGGCAGUGUACAAACUAGGGAGUAGGUGGCAAAGAGCUGAACUGUCUUGUGGCACUUUUUGGAGUUCUGUUGGAUUUGCAUGAUCAGACAAUCGACUUUUGUAUAGGGCAGAAUUACACAUGAGGAAGAAAUUCCACCCAUGGUGCCAAAAAGGUGAUGUGUCUGUUGGUGAGGAGUGGAAAGUGUUAGUCCCCACAGCAAACCUAAGAGACAGAGGGCAGAAAUAACACCAAGAAAUGUUUUGUAUUUCUGUUGAAAGCUCAGUUGUUCAGAUACAACCUUUCUAACCAAGUGAGAAAAGACCAGGAAGCCUUCCUCAGCUACCUUUUCCUAGGUAAUCUGUGAUCCCAGCAGUGGAGGGCAUUUCUUUUACUCUGGAUGUAAAAGUGGUUUCGUUUCUUCCCACUAACUGAAUAUCCAGUCUUGUGUUUACAGGUGGCAUGAAGUAAAAACCAAACUGAGCAACACAGUUUUAUGUGGCCUUUGCUUUGAAAGGGAAUAGUUGUCUUUACAGCAUUAGCUUUUCUUUCUUCUGUUUCUAAACACAGACCACCCAAAAGUCUGGAUUCUGAACUUCUGCUUUAUUAUUGUUGUUGUUGUUUUUGAAAAAAGAUUUUGUAUUCUCUGUGCUCAGAAAAAUGGUGCAGCCCUCUGGGUGGAUGAGCACAGCUUCCUCUCUUGCUUUGUGUGUGUGUGUAUUCAAUACACCUGUCAAACACAGGAAUUCUGACUUUUCAGGAUUUAAGGUGCCUCCCUUUUCCUUUAAAACUCAGCCAGGCUUCUUUUCUGAGCCCUGGACUGACACUGCUCUCCCACAGGUACACAGGGCAGCAUUCCCACAGGCUGACCCUUGCUGGGAGUUUUGUUUGAUCCCUUUAAAAAGAUUCCUGAGCUUCCCUGUCCCUUCCUUCAAGCCUUGUCUUCUGGAGCCUCCAAAACACAGAGGUGUGAGGGGAAAACUCCUGCCAGGGGCGUCUUGCAUGUCAUUUGGUCCCAAAAAUGAGACCAGAUGCCCACCAGUGCAUUUUCCAGAGCCUCAACAGUGUUCCUUGGGUAGUGACAGUCUCCGCAUGCCUUGUGAAUGUCUGAGCUGAGGAUACACAAAUUUUAAGUCUUUCAGGAUGGAUUAAACAAAAAUAAUAAUAAAAUAAAGAUCUUGAACUCAGUGCUGUAAAUUUUAAGAUGGGUGCAGGGUUUCUCUUGGAUGAUAUCCAUUGCCUUUUCCUGGAGGCAGAAUAUCCAAACUUUAUGCUGUGAUGAUAUGAAUUGUUGAAUAUUCAGUGUUAUUGUUAGAGUCAGAUGCAUUUCAAAAGAAUUCCUGAUUGUCUGUUCAAAUUGUCUCCUUGCUUUGGAAGCAGGGAAGGUGUAGCCAGUUUUACCCACCCACCAAAAAGAAGGAGCCAGCUCCUCUCCCCCUGCCAUGCUCUGCCCUGUAGUGACUUUGGACAGCAUUGGAAUUUUUCCCUGUUCUUCUCUGGACUGAUUGCUCUUCCUUUAGGUGCAAACUGGAUUGUGCAACUUCCUGUACCCGUUCAUGUAUGGGUAGAUUUUUUUUUUUUACUUUCUUUUUUUUUUUUUUUGUUUUUUUUUGUUUUUUGUUUUGUUUUGUUUUGUUUUUUGUUUUGUUUUUUUUCCCCUUUUACAAAAAUGAACUUUUUCAAUGAAAUGCUUGGGUUCAUCUGGGGUGUGUGUCCAUGUGCCUGCAAGUGGAACCCUCUGGAUGUGGGAUUUUCCAUGGCAAUUGCUUCUUCCUGCUGGCUGAAGGAUUUCCUCUAAUCCACUGUGACCAGCUGAAACUCACAGCUAAAAUGUCCUCAUUUUUCCUUUUGGAUUUGCUGAGUCUUUGCUGACAGCUUGGGAACAGUGGAUUAAAAUGAUGAGAUUUUUAAUAUUUUAGCAUCUUCCUUACACUGAGAUUUAUUUGGUGCAUCCUUCUCCUGAGCUGGGCAAGGGGAGAUCUUUGCAGUACAGUUCAUUUUCUGAAAUUUCUCCUCUGGUGCAAUUUCUUUGACACAAACAGAGGUGGUCGCAGAUUCUUUGUGUCCCCUGGUGUGUUAUUCCCAUCCUUUUCCCCAUUCCCUGUCUGUAUUAAACUGCCUCCUGUGCAGUCCAGGCCAGUUCUCUAAACCAGACCAGUGAAAUUGGUUUGUUUGGGGUUUGUUUUUUUUUUUUGGAAGUAACACACUUCAGCGUGCCUGCUCUCUCUGCCAAAACAUCCCCUGCAAUAAGGUAAUAAAUCACUUUUUUGGGGGGGUAUUUUUUUUUUUUUGUUUUGGUUUCUUUUUUUUUGUUUUGUUUUGGGUUUUUUUGGGGUUUUUUGUUUUGUUGUUUUUUGGGUUUUUUUGGGGUUUUUUUUGCAAGAUAUGGAAAUCAAAUUGUACUCAAGUUCUGGCAGGAGGAACAGUCUGUCCUUGGUUCUGUAAACCAGGUCUGAGCCUUUGAGAGCUGCCAAGCCAAGGCCACCUUCUGGGGCUGCUGGGCUUUGUGGUGAGCUCGUCCUGCAGGCUCACACCGCGGUGCUGCAUCGUGUGUUUGCAGCAGAAUCUGCUCUUCACCUCCCCAGCUGUGAAGGAAGGCACUUACUGCCUCUGCACCCAUGAGAUCUCACUUUUAUUCUGAAUUUUCUGAAGAGAAAAUGAGCUUAGUCGUGCUUUUAAACGUCCUUGCAAACAAAAGAAUUUCGAGUCAGAGCAGAAGGGAACCCUGAGUUGUGGAGUUCUGAUUUUGCCCUUUCAUGUCAGUGUUUUUAUAGAAGAAUUUGGGUAUCCAAAAAAGACAUCCCUUUAGGAAAUAUUUGAAACUCCCACUUCAAAUCAUUCCCUGUAACUGCAGACUCCACCCUACGGUGAGAACUUGAGGCAUAGGAUGCUUUGCAGUGGUGGAGUUAAAAACUUCUAGCUCUAGGGAAAGUUAUUAGAUGUAUUCUAGGCAGUAUCUGGACUGCUGAAGAAGAUUUUAAAAAGAAAAUAAAAUGGAAAUGGGGUACAAAAAUCCAGGAGAGAUGAGUCUGUGAACGUUUGAUCUGAUCUCUCAAAUCCUUGCAUUUAUUUGCGCUGUGAAAAAUGAGAUUUGCAAUGUAGGUGGCCCUGUCUGCCACCAGCUCCUGAGUAUUUCUCAUUUAUUGUUCUUUCUCUGUGUGACACGGGGCUGUUGGGGCUGGGAUGAGUCUCUGCUUUACAAGAGUUUUUAAUUUGCAGAUUGGGGGUGUCAGUUUGUCCCUGGGGUGUGGGAGAGGGGCAGGGAGGAGGAGCAGCCCUGCCGUGUCUGGUACUGCAAUGUUUAAAGCACAAGUCUUUUACAUUUCUUCCGUGGAGACUGUUAAGGAGUUCUGGCAUUUGUCUUUUUAAUUUGCAACCUUAUGUUAAUAAACUAUUAGCCUUUCUAGUUCCAUAAUUAAAAA